CCGGGUAUCCUCAAUAAAGCUGUUGAAGCGAAUAUCAACUACCUCUUCUUAGAUACAGUAGUUAGCUAGUUAACUAUCUAGGUAACUACGAUCUCAAAUCAAGUAAGAUGUUUGCCAAGGCCACUAGCAACUUCGUCAAGCAGAUCGAUCCAGAUGGGUGCCUGAUCCCGGUGUCCCGUCUGAACGACUCCGAUAAGCUGGUCCCGCUGUCGCUGGUCGUGAAGCGCAAGCGAUUCUGGUUCUGGCAGCGACAUAAGUACCUGCCGUCGGACUUCACUCUGAGCGAUGUGCUGCUCGGAAGCAAACCCAUCAACCCAGUUGUCGUGGAGACAGACUUUCUGAAGUACGCAGGGACAUUUGGGGACACCGUGUCGGGAAAGGUGGACGCCGAGCUGGGGAAGACGAACGUCAGCGUGGAGGGGAAGGGCUCGUUCAAGCUGCAGUCCUCCUUCGGCAGCCUGAGGAAGCAGGAGGUGGACGUGCAGAAGCUGCUGCAGGACUCCAAGGACAGAGUUCUGAACCUGGAGCACUGUCUGAUCCAGCAGACCCGCGAGAAGCGGAACGAGGUGUUCGGGAUCCUGAAGGAGAGGAUCGUGACGACCCAGCAGUGCUCCGUCACCGAGGAGGUGCAGGAGCAGGGCGACUGCGGGGGCGUGCUGGGCUUCCUCAGCAACAGGAGGAUUACGGUGUCCGUGAAUGAGAACGGAAACAUGCAGCAGGACAGUAACAUUUCCCUGGAGAUCCCUCCGCAGACGGUCAUCGCCUACAGCCUCAUCGAGCUGGUGGUCAAACACAGUGGCCAGUAUGAGUUGUGUCUGCAGCCAGACACCCACGGGGGAUUUGAAGUGGACAGCUCUAUAAGAACCUUCACUGAGGUGGACGGGCAUGUCGGACAGCACUCGGAAGAGGCCCCAGUGAUAUCUGCGGAGACGCUGUCCCUGAAGAAAGAGCUGGAUAGUCUGCAGGCUCAUUUCCAGCAGCUGAAAGAUCUCCCAGCACCGACCCGGUCCACGCUGCUCCAGCUCUUGAAGACAGUCAUGAUGGACAGAGAAGCAGUUUCCGCUUUGGAGAGUGGGCUGGUUCAGCUGUGUCACAACGAGACGGCUGACCUCAGCGAGCUGGAGGAGUCGCCCUCUCUAAAGCAGAAGGCCCAAACCCUCCUGGACCUGGUGCUUCAGUCCAGCAGGGCAGAUCAGAGCCGGACUGAUGGAGCGUCUGCCGACCCACACCCCUCCUCCCAGCUCCUCUAUGCUGCUCAUGUUCUCGUCAGUGCCAUGGCUGAGAUGAACGAUGCUGCACUUACUGCACUGACUCACUGCUGCAGUCCACAGUUCCUGCAGGCUCUGCAACAGCUGGUCCACUGUCUGGCUGCAGAGGAGGAGUUGAACCUGCAGGACCCUGCCUUGUCCCCCCUGCUGGAGGAGGAGGGGUAUAAGAGGGCGCAGCAACUCUUCUACGGCUCCGGUGUCAUCCUCCGUAAGGAGGCGGGCACACUGCGGGUGGAGAUGGGGGACCAACCAGGGCUCCUCCCUUUCGUCAUGUCUGUCACCAUCCAAGGCCUUGCCUCCCUGGGAAAACCUGAUGUUUUGAGUGUGUGUGUUGAGGGGGAGAGUGCAUUAGAAUAGUGAGAACGUAUGUGGAUUUCUAUGUCUGACUGAAAGUGUGUGUGAGUAGUAUAGUGUGUCUGUCUGAGUUAUGUGUAUGUGCAGACAUUCCCUUGUCUGUGGGAUUUUAUUACUUUUUAACAGGGGGUCUCCACCCUCAGAGAGCAUGUAGAAUGCUGCUGGACCAAUACUGACACUGCAGUGCAUGUCAGUGUUAAACGUAAUUUUUGUAAUGCCUUUUAAUAAGCUUUCUCAUGAACAACACC